AAGCGACCAUGCAGACGGCGAUCCUGGUGGUGGUGCUGUCGCUGGCGGCCUCCUUGGCGGCCUCCUACAAGGUGGGCUUCGGGACCUGUCCUCCCGUCAACCCCAUGAAGAAUUUCCAGCCGGCUGAGUUCCAGGGACUCUGGUACGCGGUGGAGAUGUUCACCACCAACAGCAAGUGCGUGACCCUGACCUUCAACCGCCUGGGCAAGAACGACUUCAAGGUCACGGAGGGCAGGGAGUUCGUGGCGGCUCAGGUCGUCGGGAUUGACCACUCCUUCAAGACCAAGGGCGUCUACAACUCGCGGGCGCCGCAGCAGCCGGCCAAGUUCCACGCCAGGUGGUCCAAUAGUGAGUCUCGCGUCGGAUCCGUGUUUCUCCUUUUCUCUCUUGCUUUUUCUGUCUCUGUCUGUCUGGGUAACAUCUGGCAGCAGCCAGAAGCCAUCAUCGUAGACACGGACUACUGGCAGUACGCCGUGAUCGUGGAGUGCCAGUCGGUCAUGUACUUCAUGAAGAGGACUUCCGCCGUGAUCCUCAGCCGCAAGAGAGACCUCGACCUGCGCGUCCUCAACCAGGUGAAGCGAGACCUCUGCGACGGGUAUGGCUUCGACUGCAAGGACUUCGAGACGAUCGACCACAACCGCUGCACGAGCGUCCAGCGCGAACCCGCCAGGAAGGACGUCGCGAGGGCCAGUCCCCUCAACAGGCCGAAGCCCCUGAGGAAGUUCCCGAUGCCCGAGGUCGUCAGGACAACGCCCUCGUCGAAGAUCAAGCCUCGCACCUUCCGGCCGAUCACGCAGAAGCCGACGGCGGCCCCGACCACGCCCAGGGUCUACGGGAAGCUGCAGAGGUGGUGCCUCGACUUCUUCUGCUAGAGGUCGAGUGGGGCCUAGCAGGAACGGGGCCUAGAUUUCUGCUGGACGUCAGAUGGGGUCUGGAAGCAUUGGUCUGGAUCUCUGCUUUAUGUCGACUGCGGUUUAGCAGAAAGGGUGACCAGAUUUCUGCAAGGGAUUCGAUGGGUUCUAGCAGAAAGGGCUGGACAUCUGCUGGGUAUUAAAUUGGACCAAGCAGAAGUAGUACGAUGACCUGCUAAAUUCUGAGUGGGGUUGAGCAGUAGUGAUUCCCAGACUUCUAGCAGACGCCACGCAGGUGCAACUUCUGCUAGGCGGCGGAGGAGGUGGGGGGGGGGGGGGGGGUUACCUGAAUGAUUACCUGAGGCCUCUGCUGGUUCCUGCAGGAGCGGCGCCGAUCUGGAAUGUAGUAUAUCAUCUCAUUGCUGCAAAUAACAAGUGCAGACUGUACUACGCUUGCACAAAGUAGGCAGGCUAGGUUGAUUUGUUUUUAUUUGCAGUUACUAAUUAAAAAACAAAAAGUGUUUCCUCGAAAGCCCCUAAUUGCAAGUUACGAUCUUUUAUUUAAAAAAAAAACCUGCGCUGUUAUGAACCAAUUUAGUAUAACAACAGCACGUUUUCAGGGGCGGGGCCACAAGGCAACAUACACGCAGUAUAGUUUGUUGAGGUGAUGUAGUUGCCAAAGGCCUCCAGAUCGUUGAACAAAGCCCUAUUAAAUUCCAAGAGCAUUUAUACGUUACGGCGUAUAAGUGUUUCAGAAUGCCACUGAUCCGGGUCUUCUUAUACCAGGUCGUAAUGUGAUGACAUUAACUACUGUGGGAUGUAUGUCUCCUGCAAGACAAUGCUAGGUCUUCGUAUUCUAAUGCAUUAUAUUACCAUAAGGUUUAUCGCCCAUGCCACAUCAGUGAGGUAUGACAGGUGCGAUAUAUAUGACAUAUAUGUAAGCAUAAUGUAUUUUAUAUAUCUCAUAGAUUUAGGCACAGUGUGUGUUUAUCGUGUAUCGAAAAGGGUAUGUUUUCCAUCGCAUCAAUGUCAGUAAUGCGAUGCACAGCCAUAUGGCAAGAACAAACAAACACAGACAUGUCUACUGACGGUGUAUACAACUGUACACACACACACACACUAAGUAUUAUAUAUUCGCAAUGUUUAUCGUUGAUAUACGUAGGCAACUUUGUAUACGUAUAUAUCCGAAUCUAAUCAUUAUAUUAGCUAUACUACAAGUAUAUCUCAUUAUAUAUUGUAUUUCUGAAACACUUUUGCUUUUGCUAAUAAAGUCUUCUGGACUCA